AUGGAAGAAAUAGAGAAGAAUGUGGCUGGGAAGAUAGAUUCUCUCCUUUACGAAGAAGCACUCCAGAUAAUCGAUUCUACACCUUUGACAUACGAAUCUGGUAUAAACAUCUAUCCUUACAAAGGACAGAUACUCUAUCUACAAAAAAGAUAUGAGGAGUCGGCAACCUUCCUGAGGCGUCUAAUGGAGAGUUUUCCACAGAGCAUCAAAGCCAAAAGAUUUCUUUACUUGAGCCUUUUGGCUCUUGGAGACUUUAGAUCAUCCUUUACGAUUGCAAAAGAAUGUUGGAAGGAUGGAGACUACAGAAGAUCCACAUUAAUAAGGAUAUUGGCACAUUCACUUGUAUUGAGGAAUUUCGAUUUUCUUGAAUCUCUUGAUGCACACUGUGACGAGCCUCUUCUCCUAUCAAUGGCAUAUAUAUACUCUGGGAAAUUGGACAGGGCUGUCGAGAUAAUGAAGACCAUUGAAGAUUCCAGUAAUACUAAGAUGUAUCUAGAUGCCUUGAUUUCUGUACGUACCAAAUCUAUAUACAUGCUAGAUUAUGUAAGGUACCUGAACGAAGACAUCUUUGUCACGGCAAUAAACUGUCUUGAGAAAAAGCAGAGGGUUUUUGAGAAAAUCGAAAACCUGGGAUGCAAAUAUGUUGAGAUCAAGAUAAUGCAUAUAGCAAAGAAAACACUAGGGAGAAAUGAGUACGAGAAUGUUGUGAAAAGCGUUUCCUCUAGAAACGAAAAAGGGCAUUGGUGCAGAAGGGACUGCUUGUUAGGAAGACUUAGAGCUAGUAGAGAAGAGAGGGUAUUUUUCAAGAAAAACAACAUCUACGACGCAACAGAGAGAUAUGCUGAUCUGGAGAACAUAUUUGAAAGUUUGAGAUCUGGGAAUUUUUCAGAUGGAUUGGAAGGUUUGAAGAGAAUAUAUAGAUUAGAAACAGUAUCAGACCUUGAAAAGCAUUUAAAGAAUGGACAGAACACACUUGUACUAAACGAAAUAGAAAGAUUUUACUUAGACCAUGGAAAGAAAGAGGAUGCAUGCCAUUAUUCCGAUCUAUCUGCGGCAGCUCACUCACUUCGUGUCAGAGAUGUGAUUGAAUGCCUAUCCAGAUUGAUGGAUGAGAAUAUGAUUGGAGAGAUUAUCGAGUUACUUGAGUUAGAUUUAUUUAAUAAGAACAUUUAG